GACCGACUCAACUUACGUCUCGCGAUAACUUUUAUAUGUGACACAUUAAAAAAAAAAAAAACAAAACAAAAACUGUAACCAGUGUUGAAUUCACUAAGUCGAGCGGUUGGAGCAAAGACGUAUUAUUGGAAAAAACUAUAUUUUUCACAUAACGGAAUGAGGGACUGUAUGUUUUGAAAACCUGUUGUGGAUUCUACUGAUUUAAUUUCUAUCAAGACUAUUGACUACGGCAAAUGACGAUAAAGAUGCCAGCAGCACCUGUGCUUCAACCAGUUCUUAAAAUGAAGGUCGAUGAGCUCUUUUUGAACUGGUUGAGUGAAACCACCACUCAGCUGAUGUUGAAGGAUUACUUAGAACGUAUCAAGAAUGGAGAAAAAAUUGAUAGUGCCUUAAAGGAUAAAAGUGAAAGCAAACAGUUAGUUUGCAGUGAAAAAAGGAAAACGUCUGGAUGUAAACAAAAUGUGAAAGAUACAGCAUCUGUUAUGUUAGGUGCUUCUCUGAGUAAUUCACCUCUUAGCUCUGCUCUUCCUUCUGGUAGCGGAUUAAGCCCAAGGGUUGGGCAGACCACUCGGGUCCGACGAUCUACUGGAUCUAAAGUAACUCAGGUGAAGAAAGAAGAGCCUUUAGCGCCGUCUUUGAGUGCAAAUAUCCCAAGAUUUUACUUUCCCCUGGGAUGUCCAAAAACAGAUGGCAAUGUUGAUGCUGUUAUUUCUAUAAUAGAAAAUGUUUUUUCCCAAUUUCCAAGUGAAAAGGCAACUAUAGAAGAUAUGGGUCUUGUGGCCAAAGCUUGUAACUGUCCACUGUAUUGGAAAGCACCUUUGUUCUAUGCAGCUGGUGGAGACCGAACAGGAUUUGUGUCAGUUCAUAAAUUUGUUGCAAUGUGGAGAAAGACAAUCCAGACAUGCCACGAUGAUGCUGCAAGAUUUGUUCACCUUUUGGCGAAACCAUGCUGUCUCUACCUAGAACAAGAAGAUUUUAUACCAUUUCUUCAGGAUGUGGUAAAUACACAUAGUGGUCUCACAUUUCUAAGAGAGGCUUCAGAUUUUCAUUCUCGAUACAUUACCACAGUUAUUCAGAGGAUAUUUUAUAAUGUAAAUCGAUCAUGGAGUGGAAGAAUUACAAUUUCAGAACUCAGAAAAAGUACUUUCUUACAGGCUGUAGCAUUACUUGAAGAGGAAGAUGAUAUAAAUCAACUGACUGAAUAUUUUUCCUAUGAGCAUUUUUAUGUUAUAUAUUGCAAAUUUUGGGAACUUGAUACUGACCAUGACCUAUACAUUGAUCAGAAGGAUUUAGCCAGACACAAUGACCAUGCACUGUCCAAUAAAAUAAUUGAACGAAUAUUCUCUGGUGCUGUCACUAGGGACAAAAAGAUGCUGAAAGAAAGGAGAAUGAGCUACGCAGACUUUGUUUGGUUUCUAAUAUCUGAAGAGGAUAAAAAAUCAAGUACAAGCAUAGAAUACUGGUUUCGAUGUAUGGAUCUUGAUGGUGAUGGAGUGUUGUCUAUGUAUGAGCUGGAAUAUUUUUAUGAAGAGCAGUGCCAAAAGCUAGAAAACAUGGCAAUAGUGUUCCUUCCAUUUGAGGACUGCCUGUGCCAAAUACUAGAUCUUGUAAAACCAGAACAUGAAGGUAGAAUUACACUUCAUGAUCUGAAGAAAUGCAAGUUAGCCUACAUAUUUUUUGACACCUUUUUCAAUAUUGAGAAGUAUCUGGAUCAUGAACAAAAAGACCAAGUUUCUGUUUCAAGGGAAAAUGAACUUGAUGGACCAGAGAUAACUGACUGGGAACGGUAUGCUGCAGAGGAGUAUGACAAUCUAGUAGCUGAAGAAGUGGCAAAUGAGCAGUUAACUGAUGGGUAUGACAACGACUUCGACUCAGUUAACCAACAGAUCUAUCAAGAGUUCAGUUUGAGAGCCAACAAGAAAACCUUCUUUGAAAUACCAAACCCUCCCUCAACUGUUGAUGUAGACGAAUAUGAAUAUGAAGAUGACUUUGAGUAAUUAUUAAAAUGUUGAAAUACUUUUGCAGCUGGCCUGCAGUAAAAAUAUUAAACUGAGCACUGAUUCUAGAUAAAGCCAUAAUAUAUUGUUAAUGUUAUCUCAUUGAGGUGACAUUCCCCAUGCGUUUUGAAAACACCAGAACCAUUUUUAAAAAGCUGUAGCCAUUUAUAUGAAGAUGGCUGUUACUGAUGCACAUAAAUUAAAAUUCAAUAUUUUUCAGAUUCCUUUUUGAUCUUGUUAUAUAGUGCUGGUCAUCACAAAAUUUCCUGUAUAUUUUUUUUUACUGAAUGAGUUAAUGUAUCAAUAGAUGUUUUUCCUUUAUAACCAAUCGUGCCUGUUUGUGUUUUAAUUUAUUUAUUGUUGUUUGUGUGUGCGUGUGAGAGAGAACCUAUAAGUGUUUGUACACAGAUUAGCUUUUUCAGAUUACACUAGUAAGAUGUUUUAGCUGUAAAUGUCUUGUAUUGUGCACUGAAUUUUAAAACACUUAGAUUAUAAAAUACACUUGAAAUGUGCACUAAAUGUAAUGUUUUUAUGCUCUAAAAAUCCAAGUAAACAUUCCUCCUAUAUUAAAUCAAAUGUUCACAAUGCCUUCUUUCAAGUAAAGUUUAAACCAGGAUUGUCUCAAAUGUUAAAUGGAUGCUGGUGCUUACUUACUCCGAUUGAUGAUUUUUGAUCCCACUUGAUGUGCCUUGAAACAGAUUACAAGUGUUUAUUGCCCAAGAAAACAAAAUUAUCAGUGAGCUUUGGUAUGAUUUUAAAAAAUGUCUAAAUUCCUUCUUCAUUGUUGAAGACUUGAAAAAUGAUGUGAUGUAAAUAUGUAAUUUUGCACUUGUGUCGUAUUCCUAUGCUAUUGGUGUAUUGUUUUCAUUUAUUUUAGAUUUUUUUUCUAUAUGCAGUACUUUAUUAUUAUAUGUUAAUAAAGGAUUUUGACAUAGUUAAACAUAUUUUAAAAUAAACUGUAUUUGGCUAUGCUUA